AUGGACCCCGCCAUCGCUCGCGAGCUCUCGCGGCUCGACCCGACCGUCCCUUUUCGUGCCACCACCGGCCACGUACACCACACCUGGGCAAAGACCUUCUUCUGCCUGCCGGAACUCUACAUUCGGCCGCAGUCGGUUGCCGAGAUCCAGAAGGUCGUCACUCUUGCGCGUCGCUGCCGCCGUCGCAUUGUCACCGUCGGCAGCGGCCAUUCGCCUUCGGACCUGACGUGUACCUCGUCGUGGCUGGUCAACCUCGAUGACUUCAACCGCGUCAUCAGCAUCUCACAGGAGACCGGUAUCGUCACUGUCCAAGCAGGAAUCCGGUUGAGGGAUCUCGGCGUGGAGCUGGAGAAACAUGGGUGGACUCUGCCGAACCUGGGCAGUAUCGACAGUCAGUCGAUCGCAGGCGUCAUUGCCACUGGCACCCACGGCAGUUCUCUCCGUCAUGGACUGCUGUCGGAGUGCAUCGUGUCUUUGUCGGUGACUCUUGCCAAUGGCCAAACCGUGCGCUGCAGUGCCACGACCAACCCGUCGUUGUUCCGCGCCGCGCUGGUCUCCCUCGGAGCGCUGGGCAUUGUCACAGAGGUAUCGCUCAAAGCAGAGCCUGCAUUCCGGAUCGCCUGGGAGCAAUCCAUGCACCCGUUAUCGAGCAUCCUGGAGAACUGGUCCAAGGGGCUGUGGACGUCUCAUAGAUUUGUGCGUGUCUGGUGGCUCCCGUAUUUGAAGAGGGCAAUAGUCUGGCGCGCGGAUAAGACUGAUCUUCCCCUCUGCGCGCCUCCCAAGACGUUUUAUGGUGGCAAGCUAGGCUAUCACAUCUAUCACAAUCUCCUGGCGCUCUCCAACUGGUUCCCACGCAUUCUUCCGUGGGUGGAAUGGUUUGUUUUCGGCAUGCAGUAUGGUUUCAGACCCGGUGCUAGGGUCACCAGGGCCGUUGAACCGGCCAGGGAAGGUCUCCUGAUGAAUUGCCUCUACUCCCAGUUUGUGAAUGAAUGGGCUCUACCCCUCGAGAAAGGUCCGGAAGCCAUCACUCGUCUGUCAGCGUGGAUCCACGGGGACCUGGAGACGGCCCGCAUCCCUUUCAGCCCGAAAGGCGUCUGGGUACACUGUCCCAUCGAAGUGCGAGUUUCAGACUCGACCGUGUCCAACUCCCCCCGUGCCUACCUGGAUCCCACAUGUCGGGAUGGACCAACUCUUUAUCUCAAUGCCACCCUUUAUCGCCCAUACCUACGAGACCCUCCUUGCAGGGACCGCUACUACGAAGCCUUUGAAUGGCUCAUGCGGGAUUUGGGCGGGCGUCCUCAUUGGGCCAAGAACUUUACCGGGAUGACCAGCGCCCAAGAGUUGCGCGACAUGUAUGGCGCCGACAUGGAUGAAUGGCUGAAGGUGAGAAACGAGGCUGACCCUGAUGGCAUGUUCGUUGGAGAGUGGCAUCGACGGAAUCUCCUUCUGCCGUCCGUUCCUGAUGGUGCAGCCGCAGGAGCAGCUCCGGACAAGAAGAACGUCUUGCCGCUCGAGGAGCGGGAGCAGGCUCGACGCAAGUUCAAAGGCCGUGGCGCAGGAGACGGACUGGAGUGGAUCGGCGAUCGGCGAUGGAACAAGGACCAUACCGAUCGUCAGCCUCACUCGUCAUCACAUCCUGAAAAGGCUUCACUGAGCGGAAAUGUGAUCGAUGCCCCUAGUCCUCCCAUGACCUCGGCCAGUGAGGAGAGUUUCGACCUCCUGGCGCAUGGUGAGGCGAGCAUUGUCCUGCCGGCUUCGCAGGGUUGA